GUUUAUAUAAAGACGUAUGGGGAACAUGUUGGCUUCAGAAUUUUCAUGGAUGCCAUACUGCUUUCUUUGACAAGAAAAGUGAAAAUGCCAGAUGUAGAAUUUUUUGUUAAUUUGGGGGACUGGCCUCUGGAGAAAAAGAAGUCCCCACAGAACCUGCACCCCAUCUUCUCAUGGUGUGGGUCCAUUGAGUCAAAAGACAUUGUCAUGCCAACAUAUGACUUAACAGACUCAGUUUUGGAGACUAUGGGACGAGUCAGUCUGGACAUGAUGUCAGUUCAAGCAAAUACUGGUCCACCAUGGGAAGACAAGAAUACCACAGCAUUCUGGAGAGGACGUGACAGCCGCAAAGAGAGGCUUGAACUUGUAAAACUGAGCAGAAAAUACCCAGAGAUCAUAGACGCUGCUUUCACAAACUUUUUUUUUUUUAAACAUGAUGAAAGCCUCUAUGGCCCCAUAGUUAAGCACAUUUCAUUUUUUGAUUUUUUUAAGUAUAAAUACCAAAUUAAUAUUGAUGGCACAGUGGCAGCCUACAGAUUGCCUUAUCUACUAGCAGGAAACAGCGUGGUGCUAAAGCAAGACUCCAUCUACUACGAGCAUUUUUAUAACGAGCUGCAGCCAUGGAAACAUUAUAUUCCAUUUAAAAGUGACCUGAGUGAUCUACUAGAAAAACUACAGUGGGCAAAAGAGCAUGAUGAAGAGGCAAAAAAUAUUGCAAAAUCUGGACAAGAAUUUGCAAGAAACAAUCUCAUGGGAGAUCACAUUUUUUGUUACUAUUUCAAACUUUUCCAGGAAUAUGCCAGCUUGCAAGUGAAUGAGCCAAAAAUCAGAGAUGGGAUGGAGAAAGUGCAGCAGCCUGAUGAUGACCUUUUUCCAUGUACUUGCCACAGAAAAAAGGCCAAAGAUGAACUCUGACAGAAAGAAGUAAAAUAAUUUUUUGAAUAUUUACCUACAUUCAGAAUGCCGCCUUAAGGAAAGAAGAAAAAUUUGGAUUAAAAUGCCAAUGGAUAAUGUCAAUGGAUAUUAUGAAGUUUACUGUAUCAUGAUCUACAUAUGGAAGAAAACCAAGCACCCCCUAUUUCCUUUUUAUCAUGCAGUGGUUGCAGAGCCUUGUUCAAAAACAUUUUUAUAAUCUUUUUUUUUAAAUAAAAACCAUGUUUGUAUCA